CUAUAGCACCGCGCAAAAUGGAUUCGUGCUGGAGCAACCCAUCUCGCUGCGAGAGGGUCCGUAUUACCAAUUCAACAUGUACGCCAACCUAUUCGGAGAGCCAGACUCGAACGGGGACUAUCCCUAUUGCGAGAUGGAUGUCUACGCCGUCACUGAAGAGUCCUCCCGGUUUGUGACCUAUGGCUACGUUUGGUCUUCGGAUGGAAGUGCCACCGGUUGGGAUUUGAUCAUGGGACAAUGGCAGUCGACGACUACCGAGGCGACUCUCCGGUUGAGCAUUACCUGCUCGCAGGCUUCGACGAGCACACUUCAGAUCUCCAGCGUCUCGUUCUUGGGACCGGAAGUGGUUUGUACCUCCCAGUGUGCAGCUGCCACGACCACCUUGACCGGGGAAUUGGUCCAAGACGGCGAUUUCUCCGACGACGAGAGUACCGUAUGGCGAGACAUGUCACGGAGUACCAAUCUCGACUUGGUGGACGAUGAUGCUCCAGGAGGUGGUCAAUGCGUGUAAGUGAAAAACGCAGCCUUUGAUUGAGAAUGAUUCCUCUAAUUCUGUCGUAUUAGGUUUGUGUCAGGCUCGAACUAUAACUUCUACCAACUCAACCAGACGAUUGCCGAUGCACAAGUUGGGCAAACGUACGUGGCAUCGGCUUCUUGGAGGCUUAAGGCAGAUGA